UACAAUGGCAGCCGCCAUGCCUGGCACGUCGUUAGGUCGCUUCUCGCACAACGUGUAUUUUACCUUAGAAAUUAGCCUAUUACUAUUAUUCAUAACAGCUGUACAUUCCGUCGAAGUAUCUAGGCCACGGGGCGUACCGUUGGCAAGAGCAUCGCUUUACGACCCCGCCAAAAAUUUCACCUGCUUUGAUGGUAGCGCAAGCUUCGCUUUCCACCAGGUCAACGACGAUUACUGCGACUGCAGGGAUGGCUCGGACGAACCGGGCACUGCAGCGUGCAACAACGGCGUGUUCCACUGCAGCAACCUGGGGCACAGGGGCGAGAACAUCCCGGCUUCGAGGGUCAAUGACGGGAUCUGCGACUGCUGUGACGGAACCGACGAGUAUGGGACGUCAGCCGAGUGCACCGACAACUGCCUGGAGCUAGGGAAGUAUGCCCGUGAAGAGGAAGAGCGUCGUCGUGAGCUGAGGGCCCAGGGACUGCAGAUGCAGCAACAGAUGAGCAGGGAAGGACGUCAGCACAAGGAGCAAUGCAAGACGAAACUGGAGCAGCUGCGGCUGGACCUGGAGGAGGUGCGCAAGUCUCGGGAGGCCCUGGAAGCGGUCAAGAAGGAGGCCGAGGACAGGGAGAACCAGGCGCUCCAGAAGUACAGGGACAUCGAUGCCGAGAAGAAGAGGGAGCAGGAGGAGCUGGAGAUGCGGAGGCACCAGGAGGAGGAGAAGGCCAAUGCGGAGGAGGCCUUCAACGCCCUCGACCUCGACAUGGACGGAGUGCUUACUGCCAAGGAGCUCCAAGAGAACCCCAUCUUUGACCAGAACCGGGACAAUACCGUUUCACUCGAGGAGGCCAAGUUUUUCCUGCACAUGAAAGAUGAGAUGAAGUUGGAUGAAUUUGUGCUGACCGGCUGGAUGAUCAUGAAGCCCAUCUACGCAAUGAGUCAGGUAACUCCGAUCCCCGACGCGCCAGAAGCGACGACGCCCAUGCCGCCGGCCGACAAGGAGGAGGAGAAGGAGGCGGAGCCUGGGAAAGAGACGGAGCAACGGUCGACGGAGGAAGAAGAGGCCGAGGAGGAUGUGUCUACGGAGCAGGACGAGGACGAAGAGGACCUUGAGCCUCCCGAAUUCCCUCCCAAGGACAAGGAAGCCCCCGAGCCUGCAGAGCCGUCCAAGUAUGACCCGGAAACGCAGGAGCUCAUCGACGCUGCCAAGAAAGCCCGCGACGAGCACAAAGAAGCCGAGGACAAGUUCAGAGACAUUGAAUCCGAAAUCAGGAAGCUGGAGACGACGCUGGAGACGGACUAUGGCCCCGAGGAGGAGUUUGCGGCCCUGAGGGAGCAGUGCUUCGAGUUCUCCGACCGGGAGUACACCUACAAGCUGUGCCCCUUCGACCAGGCGGCGCAGAUCCCCAAGAACGGAGGCUCCGAGACCAACCUGGGACGCUGGGGCAGCUGGUCUGGACCGGAGGGCAACAAGUAUGCCAGCAUGAAGCUGGACGGCGGCAUGGCCUGCUGGAACGGACCCUCGCGUUCUGUUGUGGUGGACAUUCACUGCGGCCUGGAGAACCAACUGACGUCCGCGUCCGAGCCCAAUCGCUGCGAGUACCACUUUGACUUCAGCACGCCUGCAGCCUGCUCGGACAAGGUCGUGGCAGGAGAAGAGGGCGCCAAGCCUCACCACGUGCACGAGGAACUUUAAGCUCAUUGCCACUCGACCAUUCACUUUUUUUUUUUGUCCCCUCUUCAUCUACACUAAAGAACUUUUCUUGGCAAGUUGGGUGUCGGCAAACUUCUACAUUUUCGCGGUGGGAGAAAGAACCAUUCAGUGAGGUGUGUUGGAAGCAUGUAAAUUGCGUUGAAUGGACGGACGUGUGCACACGUGGCAUUUGAUUUGUGUGGUAUGAGACUGAGAAAGUGCCCGUACAGGGGGCGCUGGUAGCUCUGCAAAAGAGUGUCAUGGUAAUUCCUUUUUUUUUUUUUUAAGUUUUUUUUUUAGGGUUCAAGCUUGCAGAUUGAACGAGUUCUCUCAGGUUUCCCAAAUAUUUAACGACAAAUGUUUCGUUGAGUUUUUGUGCGUCACUCUUAAGCUCGGCUGUAUGCCAGUGUCCAAAUGAAGUUUUCUCAGUAAAAUGGAGCUGUUCAGUGCACCUG